CAGGCCGCUGGGGCCGAACCCUUGCAGCUCUUCAUGGAUCGACCCGCUGAAGCCAAACAGAGAGGCUCAAAUGCAGCGUCUGAAGCCCCUCGACAACAACUCCCAGAACCGCCGCCUGCCGCUCGAACAACAUCGCCCCCGACAGACCUCCCAGAGCCUUUCCAGAAGCCCAUCCGCGCGUCAGUAAGAACUACUACUGUGCUCUCGGACCUCCCCGCCACCCGUCUCUCCAAGUCCCCCUCUGACGCCCCGCGGGGGAGAGACGGCGCCGAGACCCCGCAGGAUAGAACGCCUCUGAACAAUCGCAAAAGUGACUGCGGGAAACGGACAAGUCGUCAGGAUGCAUCUCGAGCGGAUCCCCCUUCGUCUUCCUCGCGUGUGCAAGCAGAGCACCAAGGAGCCGCGUCACGGCUGAAGGGAUCGCUCCAGCGAGGGGACGGAGCGAGCGAGGAUGAGAUGGAGCUCUUCAUCCUCAUGGAGGACCAGAACCCUGAAAAGGCUGAGCCCAGGCGGAAAAAGAGAUGCGUUCCUGGGAAGAGAAAGCGAGAGAGCAAGCCGGAGGAGGACGACGGUGAAAGCGCCGUGCCGACUGACAUGGACAACCCGCUGGAUCGGAACUUGGAUGACAGAGCAAAGCAGCACAACCUGACGGUGGUGAACGUCCGCAACAUCCUGCAUGAGGUUAUCACCAAUGAGCACGUCGUAGCCAUGAUGAAAGCGGCCAUCACGGACACCCAGGGCCUGCCUCCGUUUGAACCCAAAAUGACGCGGUCCAAGUUAAAGGAAGUGGUGGAAAAAGGGGUGGUCAUUCCCACCUGGAAUCUGUCUCCCGUUAAGAAAGCCAGCGACGUGAAGGUGCCUCAGUUUGUUGAUAUCCCCCUCGAAGAGGAAGAUUCAUCUGAUGAAGAAUAUCGGCCUGAAGAGGAAGAGGAGUACGAGACGGCUGAGGAGAACCUCCUGGAGAGUGAUAUUGAAAGUACAUCCUCCUCGCCCCGUGGACACAAACGGCAGCGCUCGCUUCCCGCACCUGAUUCCGCGGAGGAGAGCAUGGAUUGCCAGCAGACAGAGGCAAGACCCCCGGUCUGUGGCUCGCAUGUUAGUCCUGAGAUUGUCCCAAUGGGUCCACCUCCUCCCCCCAAAGAGAAGUCCAUACAGGACAGCACUUUUAUGGAGGAGCUGCACGCGGUGGAUGAGGAGCUGGCUAGAAGCCACAUGUGCAUGGAACCCUUCCAGACCCUGGAUGACAGCCUGAUUGCUUUUCGCACCCGCUCGAAGCGGCCCUUAAAGGAUGUCCCUAUUGGCCAGCUGGAGGCUGCGCUCAAGGCUCCGGAUAUCACGCCUGACAUGUAUGACCCAAACACGGCUGAUGACGAGGACUGGAAGAUGUGGCUGCGCAGCCUCAUGGAAGAUGACCUGGGCAAUGAGGAUGAGGCCGAUGACGACGAUGAUCCAGAAUACAAUAUCCUUGACGAUUUGGACGAGCCGGAUACAGAGGACCUUCGUAACGACCGAGCCGUGAGGAUCACAAAGAAGGAGGUCAAUAAUCUGAUGGAGGAACUCUUUGAAACGUUUCAGGAUGAGGUGGGCUUCUCCCACGUGGAGGAAGAUGGGCCUGAGGAUGAGGACAGCAACUCGGAUACCCCUCCUGACUUCAACACACCGCAGGCAAUGAGGUUCCAGGAGCCGCUCGCUAAUUUGCUAAAUCAACACCACCGUACGGUCAAAGCCCAGCUGGAGUUCCUGAGGAUGCGGAAAUCCAUGUGGAAGCCGGCGGGGCAGGAGGAGUCCGAGAAGGGCAAAUCACCCCAAGUGCAGGCAGCGGAAGAAAAGCAUCCGGCUGAGACCAAGGCGGCCCCGGUCCUUGGCCUGAACGCCGAGCAGAAGAGGCGCCUACAGCAGCAGAUGCAGCAGCACGUCCAGCUCCUGACACAGAUGCACCUGCUCGCAUGCAGAAACCCAGGGCUCAGCGCCGAGGCUGAAAACGCUCGGGUGUUCCUGAUUGAACUCUCCAGCUUUGCAGAAACCUCCGUCUUGAGUUAUCGCCCAGCGAACCCUGAUUUCCAAAGCAUGUUCCAGGCCUGGAACCUGAAGAAAGCUCUGCAGCUCCUGUGCAGCUUCCACAGCCGGGUUCCUGAAAGCUCCGAGCCCCCUAAAGUGCUCCGAAAAAACGCCAGUGAGAUUAUCGGCCUCUCCUCGGACGUGGCCUGGAUCGUGGCUACGCGGCCUCUCUUUAUGUACCCGGAACUGCUGCCUGUGUGUGGACUGAAAGCCACGGGGCCUCGAGACAGAGUGUUCUUCACCAAGGCUGAGGACAGUUUACUUGUGUUGGGCCUGAAGCACUUCGAGGGCACCGAAUUCACCAAACCGCUUAUCAGCAAGUACCUUGUAGUGGCAAAGACGGCCCAACAGCUCACUGCACGCGUCAGAAACCUCACGAUGAAGAGGAGCCCGGACAACAUCAUUAAAUUUUUCAAGAAGACCAAGUCGCUGCCGGUGAUGAUUAAAUGUUGCGAGGACGUCCAGCCGUACAACGCCAAGCCCCCCUUGGAGAGGGAGAAGCACAGACUGCCGCACUGGCUGAAGGCCAGCCUGCCCAGCAUUGAAGCAGCAAUGAAGAAACCUCCGGAAGGUGUCACGGAAAGAGCAGCAAACAAGUACCCUCUGCUGAUUCCUUCUGGGCUGACGCUGGAACUCAAUCCGGUCCCCGGCAGAUUUUACCACAAAGCGUGGCGUCAGAAGAGAUCCUCCAUCUUAAAACCGCUUCUGAUCCGGCCCGGCAAUAGCAGCAGCGCGAACCCCAGCGGCCUGAUGAAACCGUUGGUGAAGAGCUCCCUCGUUCAGACCGUGCCCGUCAAGAUAAUGGACCGGCUGCCGUCUUUUGUGCCGGUGCAGGGCAUCGUGGGUGUGAACCCGCUGAGCUUUCCAAUUGUGGCAAGGACUCAGGAGGUCUGCUACCGCGUGCCGUCAGAGGCGAGGGGCUCUAGCGGAUGCCCUGUGCAGUUUGCAGGCCCCCCGAUUAAAGUGACAGCUCCUCCUCUGGCCGCGCAGAGAGUGCGGAAGCCCUUUCUAGGUGGGGGUCCCAGAAGGAAGAUAGCGGCCAAAGGUCCUUGUUUCCGAGCAGCUCCCUUCGCCCAUUCUCCUCUGAUACUGGCCGUGCCCAACACAGCCUUAAAGCUGGUGAGUUUGGGCGCUCCGUGCGGUGUGAUCCAGCCGGUGACCUCCAGCCCUGGCAUUCCUCUCGCCACAGUGCUGCUCAAUCCCUCCACCAUCCCGGUGGCCCAAACGCUCGUCCCUUCGCGUUUGGGUGAGAGCCUGGUUCCCGUGCCUCCUGCGUUGCCCAAGAUGGAACAGAACGAGUCAAAGCCUUUCGGGGACGCAGCUGCGAGGGAGGACGGAAAGGACUGCGUGUCCGUAAAAGUGGAGGAACAUAAUGGAGAGGAGGGAGGGAAAGAAGGCACGGGGCAGGAGGGGGGAAAGGAAUAUUCGGGGAGACGUUCUCCCGUGGAAGAUGGUGACUCCGCGGACAGGACAGACGCGGCAGCAGAGCUCAGCACGUCGGUGGAAGAGGAGAGUUUCUCGGGGUCCGUUCUCUCCCCGCACGACAGCCGACCACAAGAAAAGCCUGAUUGUGACCCCGCCGUCCAACCCGCCAGCCCGCGGGAUCCCGACACUCAGGAGAAGGACGGCGAAGGGGAGCGUGCGGCUGACCCUGAACCCUCCGACACUCGGCUCGUGGAGGCAGAACAUCCCACCGAACCCGAAGAUGUACAGAAUCCGGACGGAGAGAUGGCGCAGGACCCCCCCGAAGGCCAAGCCGCUGGGGGCCACGAGUCUCCCCAAAACACUACCUCUCCUACAGAAAUGGACGCGAGCAGCCCCGCGGAGACCAGCCACAACGCCUCCAGUCCCCUAGGCCAGCAGCAAGACGCCAAGGACGGCCCUGACGAGGAAGAGGAGGAAGACUUUGGUGAUCUUACGCAGGAUGAAGAUGAAGAACUAUCCUCGGCAUCUGAGGAGUCUGUGCUGUCCGUGCCUGAGCUCCAGGAGACCAUGGAGAAGCUGACGUGGCUGGCAUCGGAGAGGCGCCUGAGUCAGGAGGGAGACUCCGAGGAGAACUCCCAGGAGGAGAACUCUGAGCCGGAGGAAGAAGAGGAGGACGGCGAAGAAGCUCUUGAAAGCUCCGUGCAGAAGGAGGAAGAAGAAAUGACAGAAGCGAUCGUGGAGAGCAGCGCAUCGCCUCCCGUCCGCCCGAGCGCUCCAUCGCCUGCUCCCCCGGCACCCGUCAUGGACCCGGCAGACAAGACCCCUAAAGGAAGCAAUAAGAGCAGAAGCUCCCACAGGGUCAGGAGCGCGAGGGGCCGUACCCGGACUAGUAAAGACGCAUCGAAACUGCUCCAUUUGUAUGAUGAAAACAUUCUCCUGAAGGACCCCAUGAGGGAGCAAAAGGACAUGGCGUUCGCGCAGGAGUAUCUGAACCGGGUGCGGGAAGCGCUCCGGUUUGUCCCUGGGAAGUACGAGCAGUUCCUGCACUUGAUUUACCAGUUUGAGAGCAGCAGGAAUACGAAGACCGCUGUGGAUCUGUAUGAGAACCUGCGUGAAAUUCUGGGCGACUGGCCCCAGCUCCUCAGGGACUUUGCUGCUUUCCUGUUGCCGGAGCAGGCGCUGGAGUGCGGGCUGUUUCAGGAACAGCAAGCGUUCGAUAAAAGCCGCAAGUUUCUCCGGCAGCUGGAGAUCUGCUUCCUGGAGAACCCGCCUCACUAUCAGAAGAUCAUAAAGCUGCUCCAGAGCUGCGUGGAGCGCCCCCUACAGGAGAUCAAUAAGCUCAAGGCUCAGAUGUGGCGGCUUUUGAAAGGUCACAAUAAUCUGCAGGACGAGUUCUCGCUCUUCUUUGACCAGCUGCGGCCCCCGGCCGGGCGCGGCGAGGACUUUGAAGUCGUGAACUGGACUGGAGACAAAGAAUACAAAUUUGAUGGCUUCGAGGAGGUCACGUUACCAGACGUGGAGGAAGAAGAAGAGGCGGCCGGGAAGAUUCCUCCGCUUCACCGGAGCAGAAAAAGGAAGGAGAGCCACCCAGGGCAGGAUGUUGAUUCGGUGGACGGUGGGAAGGACAGCGCAUGUUCAUAUCACGAAGCAGCGGAGCAGAGGGUGAAGCGGUGUAAGAAGAGGAUGAGCAGUAAGGGUCCUGACAGCCGUUCUCACCGGACCAAGAAGGCUCCGGAGGGAGCGGCCGGCCGGUCGCACGGUGCUGUGCGCUUUGAGGAAGCGGGUACCGGCGAGGGAAAGCUUCCUCUCCCUAAAGGCAGCGGGCUGGAGGACAGGCUGCCGGCAGCAGCUCGGGGUAAGGGCUCCUCUGCCCACCACCACAGGGUCACCAUGCAGAAAUCUCGCACCGCUUCCCGUGCGCAGAGCGUCCCGGUGACAGACCGCAAAAGCAGAGCGAAACCUCCCCGCGGGGUCUCCACAGGCAGGAGCGUCCACAAACCCAAGGCCGUAGAAGCUUCCGAUCCUGCUUUACCAGCACACAAGGCCCUUCAUGGCGGCCACUAUCUCCCUGCUUGUGACCGGGUGGAAGGGGUCCCCGCCUGCUCCCCCCCACCCAGCAUGGACGACAACGAUCUCUCCCAGCCCCGCAUCCCAGAGUCGACCGAAACGCAGGAGAAGCCACUCAUGGUGUGCGCUAAAAACAUCGCUGUGAGCUCCAGCGGGGAGAAGGUGAUCCUGUGGACCCGGGAGGCAGACAGGAUCAUCCUCACCGUGUGUCAGGAGAGAGGCGCGCAGGAGGAGGCGUUUGCUGCAAUCUCCGAGAAGCUUGGAAACAAGAGUCCAGCGGAGGUGUCGGAGCGCUUCCGAGAGCUCGUCCGCCUCUUCCAGACGUCCUGCGGCACCAGCUCCGACGAGGAAGAAGCCACGGAGGAGAUGUCCGAGCCGGAGGCCGUGUCCGAGGAGGAUUAGAGGCUGGAGCGCGUUAGAGAAAGCCUUUGUAUAAAAGUGUUUAGUGUCUGUGUGUUAAGCUAUUUCUGCUGCUGCUGCCGCCAUUAAAUGUAUCUUAAAGUUCUGAUGGCGUCACGCA